AAAAAAAAAAAGAAAAGUCCACUGUCAAAAAUCAAAAUACAUGUAGCAAAGUAACCUAUUUUCUAAAAUCAUAUUAUUACUUAAAUAAUAUGGCUACCCCUGUAAUUAAAUAUGUAGGACGCACAACGGACUUCAAAGGUAAAACUUUGUGGGAAAUUGUAGGAAGUCUGAAGAAUUUGGGUGUUGGACGUAUAAUUACUAGAUCGGUCUUCGAACGAUACCCUGAGGCCACUUUUAUGAAAAUAGUCAAAGUAGAAACUUGUCCUGACGAGGAAAGACGGCGAGUUCGUGUCUGGGUGGAGAAGACAUUCAGAGGGAAGAAACAGCCUCACAUCACAGAAAUUUAUCGCACAUCUUACAAACCUGAUUACAGGCUUAUUCCAAAGAAUGAGGAAGCAAAAUUGUUGGCGUCCGUCAAAACUGUCCAUGAUAAAUCUGAUGUGAUACUGCCUAACAGGAUAGAAAUGCCUGUUUUGAUGAAAAAGUUUAUUGUUAAAGAUCAUGAAAAGAAAGGACUGGCGCCGUUGGAGGAAUUUGUUAUGCCUUUGAGUUACAACAAAAGUCCCAGUAGGAUGCAAAGAAUAGCUGUUGGUGAUGAGAAACCAACUAUUGAAUUUACAAUGGGACUCGGAAAGCCAAUUAGUCCUGCUCUGUAUGAAGGAGUGCCACUUAACUGAAGCAAAAAGGAGGGUUACUUUAAGCUGUAGAUUAUAAUUAGAAAUAAAACACCUGUAGAUUUCGUUGAAAA